CGCUGCGAUGCGAUGGCACACGUCAAGGGUUUCACUUCCGUUUUAAUGGUUUUUAUUGCCAUUAGGCGUUUCUGGCGACAGUCAGUUACAGACUCAUAACUGCUCGGAAAAUAUUGAACGGUUUAUCUGGAUCUGCUGCUGAAGACAGAGUCAGUGCAAGGACGAUGAUUGACAUCAAAGCAUGGGCAGAAUAUGUGGUGGAGUGGGCAGCCAAAGACCCCUAUGGCUUCCUCACCACUGUUAUCCUGGCUUUGACCCCUCUGUUUAUCGCCAGCGCCCUGUUAUCAUGGAAACUCGCCAAGAUGAUCGAGGCCAAGGACCGUGAGCAGAAGAAGAAACAAAAACGUCAAGAGAACAUUGCCAAAGCUAAGAGGGCCAAGAAGGAUUGAGCUUGGCAUGGAGAGGGUUCAAUGUAACAGUCCGGUCCCCGAUAUAUGGCUCUUCUCUUAACCCAGGACAGUUCUUAUGGGACUUGGAGCAAGACUGGGCUUGAAAGAGGCCUUAGUAAACCCUUAGAGGGAACAUAUAAUGGGGAGUUGAUGGAUCUCAGUGGCAGGACUGCAGUACUUUUCCAGGAUAUUAUCAAUACAGUGGAAAAUCACUGCAUUGUUGUGCUAUACACCAUUAUGCAGUACUCUGCAUUCCAUUUUUUACUGGGUUGAUUGUUUCUUUCCAAGCUGAAUCCACAAAACACUUAACAAUGCUUUUUUUUUAUUAAUAAAAAAUCUCAGCAUUAAUUUUGGCUCAAAACUGUCUAAUGUCUGUCUGAUUACUGUAGUAUUCUUGAAUCUUAACCACAUUAUUUUUCCAUGCAUAAAUUCCUGUGAUUGUUAGACUUUUGAUUAAUUCAUUCAUUUUGAUUAAUUCACUUUAAAAGUAAAUAACUAGAAGAAUAACAAAGUGCAGUAAAUGUAAAAUGCCUGUGUUUAUGAUUAUGAUAAAUUAUGUUAUCAUAUAAAUAAUAAAUACCAGUUUGCAACAUAA